AUUAAGGACUGUCUUCUCAAUGUUGUAAGCAGUUAUUUCUAAGAGGAUGCGAGGGAGUAUUUAACAGAACAUCACAUAACUUCUCGUGGUUAUCCUGAUUUUCUAGCAGCUUUUUUAUACUUUAUUGGACAAUAUGUCUUAUCUCUAGUAAAUGAAUAGCAUACUGUAUUACAAAGUCCAGUUAACCGUCAGUCAUAGUGGGUUGAAAGUGCACAUGUAAAAGGAAGAAGAAUGAAUGUCUUACUUGAUUUCCUCUGGCUUUUAGUCAUCAUAAUCUAUUCUUAUGUGGAAGCUUUGGUGAAACUUUUCAUUCCUGUGAAGAGAAAAUCUGUCAGCGGUGAAAUUGUGCUUAUCACCGGAGCUGGACAUGGCCUAGGAAGACUUACAGCUUACAAGUUCGCCAAGCAUCAAAGCAAAUUGGUUCUCUGGGAUAUAAACAAGCAUGGCGUUGAGGAAACAGCAGAAGCAUGCAGAAGGCAGGGAUCCACAGCUUAUGCAUUCACAGUGGACUGCAGCAACAGAGAGGAAAUCUACAGCACUGCAGAGAAGGUGAAAAGAGAGAUUGGAGAUGUGAGUAUCCUGGUGAAUAACGCUGGAGUGGUGGCCACAGCAGAUCUGCUUUCCACCCAGGACAAGCAGAUACAGAAAACGUUUGAGGUCAACAUUCUUGCUCAUCACUGGACAACGAAAGCCUUCCUGCCAGCAAUGAUGAAAAACAACCACGGCCAUAUUGUCACUGUUGCAUCAGCCGGAGGGCACGUAGCAGUUCCUUUUCUGGUUUCUUAUUGUUCAAGCAAGUUUGCAGCUGUUGGGUUUCAUAAGGGCCUGACUCAAGAAUUGUCUGCCCUGGGGAAAAAUGGGAUCCAAACCUCAUGCCUUUGUCCGGUUUUUAUCAACACUGGCUUCAUAAAACAUCCAAGUUCAAGAUUACUUCCUGUUCUGGAUCCUGACAAAGUUGCAAAUAAACUUAUGAAUGGAAUCCUUUGCGGGCAAAAAAUGAUAUUUGUUCCACCAUUUGUGAGCGGCACCCUGUUCCUUGAAAAAAUUCUGCCGGAGCGUGCCCUGGGGGCCGUAGACAAGUUCCUAAAAAUAAAAUUUGAUGCAGUUGUUGGAUGCGACAGGAAGGAAAAUUAAGUUAAUAUCUCCAGGUGAAGAGAUCUGAUAACUGCAUGCAAUAUGUAAUGAAGUUUCUUAACAUGGCUUUUUAAAUACCUGGUCUAAAGCAAAAUAACAUGCUGAAGGAAUCCUGUGCACUUUUCGUUUCAAAAAUACAUUAAAAAUGCCAUUGUAAUGA